GUUCAUGUGUACAUUUUCGUAUUAAAAGAACCAUGGACACUUACCACGCCGCAUAUUGGUCCUCCGACCCUUUUCGCCUCUCCUCUUCGGAAGAGGAAAUCCCUUACAGCAGUGUGUAAUGCUGUGUAGCUUAGUUUAAUUCACCAUCCCAGCAGCGCAAAUGACUCGCUGUUGAGCCAAAAUCAUUUGGGUCGAAAGCUCUGAAAGCCAGAGAGGGGAUCCGCUGUGCUGAGAUGGCUAUGGUAUGUCUCACAGAUUUUGAGGAGUAUGCCAAAGAGCACCUCUCCAAGGCAACCUGGGACUACUACGCAGCCGGAGCAGACGAGUGCUGCACCAGGGACGACAAUCUGCUGGCCUACAAACGGAUCCGUCUGCGACCACGGAUUCUACGAGAUGUGUCGGUGAGUGACACCAGGACCACGGUGCAGGGCACGGAGAUCAGCUUCCCAGUGGGCAUCGCCCCCACUGCCUUCCACUGCCUGGCCUGGCAUGAGGGAGAGAUGGCCACUGCCAGGGGUACGGAGGCAGUGAACACCUGUUACAUCACCAGUACCUACUCCACCUGCUCUGUGGAGGAGAUCGUGGCUGCAGCACCUAACGGCUACCGCUGGUUCCAGCUCUAUGUGUACCGGGACAGGAAGCUGUCUGAGUCGAUCGUUCACCGUGUGGAGGCCCUGGGCUACAAAGCCUUGGUCCUCACCGUCGACGUGCCCUACACUGGGAAGCGGCGCAAUGAUAUACGCAACCAGUUCAAGCUCCCGCCGCACCUCAAGGUCAAAAACUUUGACGGGGUCAUCCAGGUAAUGGAGGCUGCGAGUUCUGAAGAGUAUGGUAUCCCUUCCAACACCCUGGACCCCUCCAUCAGCUGGAAGGACGUAUACUGGCUGCAGUCUCUCACCCGCCUUCCCAUCAUCAUCAAGGGCAUCCUGACCAAGGAGGAUGCUGAGCUGGCCGUGGAGCACGGCGUCCAGGGCAUCAUCGUGUCCAACCACGGAGGACGCCAGCUGGACGGGGGGCCCGCCACAAUAGAUGCCCUAUCUGAGAUCGUGGAUACGGUUCAAGGGCGUAUCGAGGUGUAUCUGGAUGGGGGAAUUCGCACCGGUAGUGACGUGCUGAAGGCCGUAGCUCUGGGAGCCAAGUGUGUGUUCAUCGGGAGGCCAGCCGUGUGGGGCCUUGCCUAUAAAGGCGAGGAUGGGGUGAGGGAGGUACUACAGAUCCUCAACGAUGAGUUCCGUCUGUCAAUGGCUCUGUCUGGGUGCAGAAACGUGGCUGAGAUCAACAGGAACCUCAUCCAGUUCUCUAAACUGACUUGACAGCAGGGGGCGCCAGAACCAGCCAGACGACUAUGACGAAGCAACAAAACGGAGCUAUCUUCUCAAUCAGUAUAACUUCGAACUAAACUGGAAUUUGGGAAAACAAAACAAUACCUGUCACAUGAAUCAUAAUGAACUGAAUCUGACAUCAAUCUAAUACAACUCAACUUUAAUAGUUGAAUCCAAUGUGGCUGCCCGAAUUCUUGUGGGGAAAUAACUGGACUUUUCAAUACAAGCAGCUUCCAUAUGAUAUAACCAGCAAAAUAUGGUUAUCACUCAGCUGAGAUAUGUUGACAUGAUAUAGAUCAUGCUGUUUAACCAAUUCCUAACUCUCAAUGGCUGCAGGCCCAGUGUUAACCCAAUAAUGAGUGAGAGGCCCGAUAUUGUGUCUCUGAUACAGUGACUAACGUUUAGUGAAUUGUGAAACUGGUCUGCCUUUAGGUCAAUGUUUAACAGAGAUCCCUCAGUCAAAGCAGAUAUGAGGGUUAAAUGAUUGAUCCCUUCUGGUUUGCUUGUAAUAACUGUUCUGGAUGGUGAGGUGGAAUACGGUUGUGAAUGCAGCAGUGAGAGGAGUGUGGUUGAUUGGUUGAUAGAGUGAUGUAACAUGGCCAUUUGGUAUUCCAGUUCCUAAUCCUCUGAGAACAACAGUGUGAUUUGAUUUAGAACCCUGGAGACAAUGACAUGACAACUCAUAGAAAUAAGAAUGAAUAGAAUGGACUUGGAAGCACUAACCCUGGCAAUUGACUGGUAAACUCAUGGGUACACUCACAAUGGCUGCCUGGUGUUAAGAUACAAUAAUUUCCAUGGUAUUUUGGAAUGUUCCAUCAACUGAUUCUGGAGGGCCGUGGUAAUGUAGAAUGUUCAUUAAAAUGAUGCUAACUGA